CCGACCGUGACGGAGGACGGACGUCUCUAGGAACAAGAAAAUGCCGCGGUUAUCGUGUUUUAUAAGAACUUUGUGAUUUACAAAUUAUAUUAAUUGUGACUUUAAAUAUUGUUAUAGUCAAAAUGACGUCUUAUAGAUGUGUGGUGUGGUGUCUGUUGAUUGUGUUAGUUGUGGACAUUACACCAGUUAUUAGUUAUGGGAAUGCGAGAGAAGACAGAAAACUGUUUGGCGGUUACAAAAUAACACCGUCGUAUUGUAAGGCAAGCAGAGCGGCGAGGCACAACCGGGGUAACACUAUAUGCAUGUUCAACCACGAGUGUGUUCGAAGAGGUGGUGAAGUGGUCGGUUCCUGUAUGGACGGCUUCCUGUUUGGGGCGUGCUGCCAGUUACCUUCCAGCAGUCAGUCACAUAUACCAAAAGGACCCGGUGUUGUUAUGACGAGCUACAUAGACUAUCCGGAUGCAGAAGCAGAAACUGACGAUUACGACGCUGAACAUCUAAGCGCUUAUCAUAACAGCUUCAAACCUGUAGUGACGCCGGGAUAUAAGCCUAGUAGUAGCGUUUCGACGUCCACUGUGAGGUCUGAGUCAGACGCGAGCACGGAGAUUCACCAAGCUGAAAUAAUAUCCGAAGGUCUCACCCAAAUCACAAACACCUUACUAAGUACGCCGCCCAAGGAGGACAGUUUCAUAUACAUAAAGCCUCAAGGAGUCUACACACACAGCACGAUCAGUCACCCGGUCGCCGAUACUAUUCUGUUCCACAAGAACGGUUCGAUGGUUGACGACAUAGCGAGACCAUCAGAUUUCAACGUACAAAUAUCUUCAAUGCAAACCAAACCCACCGUGUCGCCGAGCACGAGUUCGGUUUCGUCUCCCGGUAUAAUAGUUUCGUCGACGCACAGACCUAUAUUCAAACCGAAGCCGAAUAACAAAGUAUCGACAAAACGGCCGACCACCGACAACUAUGUCAUGGUUCAGACGGUCACCAAAGACGCUCAGAAGGUUCCGGAGCUGUCUUCGAUUAACAGCAUCAUACAGAUGCUCAAUGACAGUACUCCGAGUCUUAGUGAUGAUGUAAGUUCACCCUCUUCGAUCGAUGUCAUGGAAACUAAAUCCUCGCCGAGCCCUUCCACAGUCACUCCAGUGUUGUACAGCAGCAGUUACCCUAUUUACACAACCGGACACUACGUCACUUUAAAACCAUCUUCAUUUAUAAGUAGCGUCUCACCGAUAGCUGGUACAAAGAAACCGUUAACAACUAAAAAACCGUACAUUACAAUAAACACCACACCGAACAGUGCGGGAGGAAAGCCGUCGAAGCCUUAUAAUUCUUCUCCCAGACCAAACCAAUCAACCAGUCAGGCUAUCGAAGCUUUCAAUAACUAUCCAACCGAUCCGCAAGACUUUGGACAAUCAAUCACCACAUUCAGCUAUGUGAGUUCAACGACAACUUUGAAACCAACGUCCACGACCAGAAAACCGCCUUCGACGAGUUACGUAACCGGAUCGAAACCCUUAAGAAGACCAGCUACUCCGCCGACGAGUUUCGUAUCUUCCUAUGAAGCUGCAUCAGACACUUUCUCGAGUGUGACCCCAACCGUUAUAGUGCUAAAUGGACUCAGCACAAAACCAGAAUCCUCAUCAGAGGAUACGGAAUUUGUUGAAAUAUCACAGGAGCCCUUCAAGAAACCAGUCAGCCAAAUUACUGUAAACAACCAUAUAGAAUCUACAAACAAUAUCUACAUGGGUAAACCGCCGCAGACGUACGAUCAACCGAAGCCUUCGAGACCAUCUUCUCCUACCGUUGUCAUAACCCCUAAACCCUCACCAACCACGCCCUAUCCCAUCAAAGGGUCAACUCGUCCCGUUCCAAUCACACCGAACGUGCCUCUCUACGAUUCCUACCCAGACUUCUCACCGACAACGACCUCUAAAACAGAAAUGCAGACCUCUCCCGAUGACCUCAUAAACUUCCCUCCCGUCAGGAAUCCUCUCCUCAACGCGACGGGAUCCAACCCUGCUCUGUAUAACACGAGCGUAGCCAUUGACAACGACUUAGAUAUUUUACACGACGUAGACUUCUCGACGCCGACCUGGCAGGACGACGAGAAGCUGAGCGAGAAAAUGAACUUAUUCGUUAACAAGAUCGUCGGCAGCCUUCAGGGCUCGUUCCAGGAUCUUCACGACAUAGUUGUGUUGGAUAAGAAACCCAGUUCCACACUGAACCGUGACAAAACGACAACCGCCAAGCCGCCGAAGAAAACCGUGCCAACAAGAAAACCUGUCACCACCAAGAAACCUUUGAGAGUGUCUACCACGUCCAAGAAGCCUCCGGUGAAGACGACGAAGAAGCCGCUCAAGACCACCACCGUCCCCAAGAAACCCACCACGAUCACCACUCAGACGCCCACCACCACCGUUAUAACCACGACCACAACCAAAAAGCCGGUGACCACCACCAAGAAACCCAUCAAGAGAGUGACCACCAGCCUCGUCACCACCGUCACAGAACAGUACGAUGACGUCACUACCGAGGGAUACUCAGAGCCUAUCGAUUACAACGACAAGAAUUUGUGCGGCGUGCGGCCGCUGAUGAAGUCCGGUCGCAUCGUGGGCGGCAAGAACGCCAGGUUCGGGGAGUGGCCCUGGCAGGUGUUGGUGCGCGAGUCCACGUGGCUGGGCCUGUUCACCAAGAACAAGUGUGGCGGAGUGCUCAUCACCAACAGAUUUGUGACCACGGCCGCGCAUUGUCAACCCGGGUUCCUGGCGUCGCUGGUGGCGGUGUUCGGCGAGAACGACAUCUCCAGUGACUACGAGCCCAAGAGACCCGUCACCAAGAACGUGAGGAGAGUCAUCGUGCACCGCCAGUACGACGCCGCCACCUUCGAGAACGACCUGGCGCUGCUAGAGCUCGACUCGCCCGUACAGUUCGCCGCGCAUAUAGUUCCUAUCUGCAUGCCGCCUGAUGACGCGGACUACACGGGCCGCGUGGCGACCGUCACUGGCUGGGGCAGGCUCCGGUACGGGGGCGGAGUCCCCGCGGUGCUGCAGGAGGUUCAGGUGCCGGUCAUAGAGAACAGCGCGUGUCAGGAGAUGUUCCACACGGCCGGUCACGCCAAGAAGAUAUUGAACUCGUUCAUAUGCGCUGGAUACGCCAACGGGCAGAAGGACUCCUGUGAGGGUGACAGCGGCGGGCCGCUGGUGCUGCAGCGCGACGACGGCAGGUGGCAGCUGGUGGGGACCGUGUCCCACGGGAUAAAGUGCGCCGCGCCCUACCUGCCCGGCGUCUACAUGAGGACGACGUACUACAAACCCUGGCUGAGAUCGAUCACCGGAGUUCGUUGACCCUGGUUUGGGCGAACCCAAGAAAAUAUCCAAAAAAAAAAACUUUAAGAACAAAAGUAUUAUUUACAUAUCCGACAGCCAUAGUAGUUAAAUUGGUCGCGACCGCGUCGGAUAGCGAGCUCUCACCGGGACGUCGCGCUCAGUACACUAGGCUAAUGUAAAACACGGUCUACUAAGAUAAUGCAUUUAUUUAUUUAGUGUGUGUAAGAUGUUAUUUACUUAUAAAUAUAUUUAAGUUAAGCGUCCGUGCAAUACGACCGACCUGCGGGUCGAGCACUGUAGGUGGCUGGAGGCGGGUAGGGUCGGUGAGAUGCAGCCGAGUAAGAUAAGUAAUAUAAGGAAGCUCAAAUAGUUAUGUUGAUUAAAAUUAUGUUUUAAUAAAAUAUACCAGACAGU